CAAUUUACAAGAAUAAUCUCUUUCCUCAGACCUAAGCCCAGACUUAAUGGUAACCGUCCUGAGGGACUGGGUCGGAAGAGAAGAGCCCCAGAGGAUCAAGAGGUUGAAACAAGAAGCCGCAGCCAAAUUGCCAGAGGAAAACCUCAUCAAACUAUCGGUGCAAUGGAGAGGAAAAGGAACGAUUGACCCUGAUCUCUCAGAGCAUGAUACUUACCUAACUAUAUUCCAAGAAACCAUCUCAGCCAAGCUCCAAGACAUGAUCAACAAAAGCAUUGAGGAGAAACCAGAGAUUAAUGCAAGAAACAAAACGAUACAGGAGGUGUUCAAGGAAGCACUAGUCCAUUUGGCCAUGUGCCGGCAAAUUCGAGAUGAAGAGAGAGUGGACGAUAUGAAGAAUAUUGUACAAUCGGUGAGGACCAUCAUGACCAACGCAACCGCCCGCCACGGUCCAGUAAUACUCCUAGGCGGUCACGGAUCUGGCAAGACCUCCAUCCUUACAGAGAUCUACUCCGAAUGCGAAUCUUGGUUCGGAAAGAAGGUGCUGAGAGUCCUCAGGUUCUCCGGACUGACUCCUCGCUCAUCCUACAACCUUGAGUUGGUUCGGAUCAUCUGCGAACAGCUCUGCCUCUUGCUUCAGCCUUCCGCACAUUGCAUUCCAAAGGACGCCUCCUUCGAUCCACUUUAUGUCAACAAUUGGUUUCAAACUCUGGUACGGCGUUUCGACGAGGAUUCUCCGGAAGGUGCCGAAGACAAGACAUUAGUCAUACUCAUUGACGAUCUACACCGACUGAAUCCCCUUGAUUCUGACAUUGUCGCUGCGCUAUCUUGGCUUCCAAUCAACUUACCAAAGAAUGUUCAUAUUGUUGCAACAACUGUGCUUCCUCCCGAGGUUUUGAAACUGACACCAGUACAGAAAGAACGCUUCAGAUCACCUGAAUGUCUCAUCGAGCUUCCACAAGUGCAAGUUAACAUAGAGCGGAACGUGGAAGAAGAGCUGGAUAUUCUGGAGGCCGAGUUCGGAAAAGAGUCAAUGAGCAGAGUUUGUGGUUUACUCACAGCGACCGAGUUCGGCCUCAGCGAAGUGGAAAUGCUAGAGCUCCUGAUGCCAACCUCAAUCGACAGCGGGCCACUUCUGCUGUCCAACGGAGUGUUCAAUUUCGCCACCUUCUGCUCCUUCAGGAGGAAAAGCAGUAACCUGAUCAUCGAAAAAUUCAUGAGCGGCAGGAUACUGUUAUGCUGGAAGCAUGAGCUGAUGGGUAAAGUGGCUCGAAGAAGAUACUUGCAGAGCCAAGACGUUUGUAGGGGUCUUCAUGCGGAAAUCGCCAACCUCUUCUUUAGCGAGUUCAGUGAUCAGGAUGUUCAAGAGGAGGAAUCAGACCAUUCAGCCGAUGAAGAGAAACAGACACCAUUUCAGUCCCAUUUGCACACUACUGACGUCACCUACAGCUUGAGGCAUGUUGAAGAAUCAUGGAUCCAUUUGCUUAAAGCUGGAGACAGUGAUAGGUUGAAGCAAUUGACUUUCUGUAACUUCGACUUUUUACUAGCAGCAGUAAGGACAAUAUCUGUCAGCUACCUGAGAUCGAUUCUUGAACAUGUCCGCUGCUACCUCCUAGACAGGGACAUAGAACUGGUUUACUAUACAGUCAGGAAGUCUAGCGAUGUCCUCACCAGGGACACUCUACAGUUGGCUGCACAAGUCAUAUCAUGGCUCAGGCCAGUGGCUGACACAAGCGGAGAACUGAUGAGCAGAAUGAUAAUGUCAGCGAUGGCAUGGUGUGAUGGUUUCACUGAUCCUCUUUUAGUUCCUCUAAACAGUUGGUUACUGCCACCUUUACCACUCCAAAUCAAAACAAUUGUAUGUUCAAGUGGAGUUCGCCAAAUUGAACCAACCUUUUCUGCACAACAUGUGAUUGUUAUUCCAAACUCUGGGGACCCACAGUUGUGGCAUGUGAUGUCUAACUCCCUAUUGCAUACAUUCAAAGGACACAGUGGAAAGGUAUUGUGUCUAGCUGUUGCCAAACAGUCUGAAUAUCUCUUAACUGGUUCAGAAGAUACAUCUAUAAUUAUGUGGGACUUGAAAACCUAUGAAAUUAAGCUUCGGAUAUAUGAGCACAUUGCUCCUGUUCUCUGCGUAACACCUGCCCUUAACAAUACACUUUUGGUGAGUGGUGGGGAAGAUUCUAGGAUUAUAAUAUCAUCAUUCACAACGGGGGAAGUUGUUGUAAAAAUUGAUCACCAUAGGGGACCGGUCACAGCAAUUCAGACCACACAAGAGGAUAUACUCAUUACAGGUUCCUCUGAUAAAUCUGUCUGCCUCUGGGAGCUUGAAACCUAUACUUUACUUAAUACGAUCAAUGUGAAAUCUCCUGUAUCAAUGAUUUCUAUAACAGAUGAUUCUGUUUUUCUGCUCGUGGCUUGUGAAGAUAACCAGCUCUAUCUGCACACACUAGCUACAGGAACAGAGAUUCAUACCCUAAGAGGCCACAAAGCUAAGGUUACUUCAGUCACAUUAGCUGGAGAUAAUCAAAGAGCAGUUGCUGGUGGGGCUGAUGGUAGGGUUUAUGUUUUUGACAUGCACAGUGGAUGUUUGGUGAGAACAAUGGCAACCAGUCAUAAUGCAGAAGUAACAGGAGUAAAAGUGACCAACAAUGAUGACUUCUUAAUUACAGCAGGUGGAAAUAGAAUAACAUUUUGGAGCUUCCGAAAAGAAGAUGGAAUUGGUAUCGAUGAAUCAAUAAUGCCUGUAACUGGAAAAUCUCAAAGUCAAGCACAACGUCCACACACUGCCCCGAUCACAUGCUGUGACAUUUCAAGAGAUGGCAUAACUGCUGUAACUGGAUCGAUGGAUAACUUAGUAAAUGUAUGGCAGCUGAAUACUCAUGAAAUCCACUCUUCAAUGGAAGGCCACAUUGGAACUGUCACAUGUGUUGCAAUUUCUCCUAAUGGUAUAUUUGCUAUUUCUGGGUCUGAAGAUAAAACUGCCAAAGUUUGGGGUCUGACAUUGGGAUUAGUUGUUUCGACUUUCAAGGGUCAUCAAGCAACAGUAACAGCAGUGAGUGUGCUCUCAGACAGUAGAAGAGUGGUAUCAGCUGACAGACAAGGAGUUUUCACUGUUUGGUUGGCUGACAAUGCCACAUUGCUCCAUUCUGCUCUGGGACCUACAACUUAUAUGGCUAUUUCUUACGAUAUGAAGUAUGUUGUCAGUGGUGAUGGGGAUAACAAUCUGCGAAUUUGGCCUAUCUCUUCACACAGAGAUGAAGAAAAAUUUACUGUGAGCCAUAGUGAAGAAAUAACAUGUUUUGUAUUAACCACUGACUCACUUCACGUUAUUACUGGUUCAAGAGAUAUGUCUCUCAAAGUGUGGCAGAUAGCUGGAGGAAAAUUAGCACAGGUUUUGGUCGGUCAUACGGAUCAAGUAACAUGUGCUGCAGUAGCAAUAACGAACAAGUCCAUAGUCGUUUCAGGUUCAAGAGAUGCAAAUGUUAUUGUUUGGGAUAUGGAAACUGGUGACGAUCUCCAUUUAUUGCAAGGGCACUUAGGAUAUGUAACUUGUGUUAAAUUAGCUGGAGAUGGUUCUAUAGCAGUCUCAGGUUCUGAAGACAAAAGAAUUAUUGUUUGGGAUGCAAAAAAAGGUGUUCCGCUAUCCUCUCUUCAACUUCAUUUGCCAAUCUUGGAUUUCGUCAUGUCAACUGAUGCUACGAGAAUCGGAGUCCAUCUUCUUGAAAGCAAGCACCUUCCAAUAAUUUGUUUGCAUAAUACACCAGCUACAUUUGUAAAGAUGCCAGUCUAUGUUGCUCCUGCCAAGGAAGUUGAAGAUUUGAGACCAAAUGCACCAAAACGACCUAUGAGGAGGUUAUUGAAGAAGGAAGUGUCAUUGGAUACAUACACCUGGCAAAGGAAAUACGGUCAUCUAACAAGUUCAAUAAUGAAAGAAGCUGUGGAUGAAAGGUUAAAACGGAGGUUCUCAGUAUCAGCUAGUAUGGAGGAAAUAUCUAAAAUUCCUCAUAGUAAAGAAACAAUGGGAUCACAGGGCCUUGGACCUGAACAAGCUGCUUUAGCUCAAUCUCAGCACUUUGAUCAACUAGAAGCCCUGUGGAACAAGAGGUCUCCCCCUAGAUCUCGAAGACUUUUUCAAUCUUUAUCUAAACAAAACUCGAGGUCGAGUCGACGAGAUUCAUCUGAUAAUGACGACCAGCCUUCACCUGUAGAAGAAGUAGCUGAUUUCAUUGGGGAUUAA